CGCACGUAGAGUUUUGCUCUACACCAGGUUUCCUACCGCGACGGCAAAGAAUUCUGUCUAUCCCUCCCACGUGCGGUGAUUCUCAAAGGGCGUAGGCCGGCCGUUUGACCAUGUGCCUCCACGUGUGCGAUGUCUAUGUUGUGUUGGCCAGGUUGAGGCUGGGGAUGGGCAAGAGGCCGAGUAUUAAUUAUGCCCCGAAAUCCCAGCUCCUGGGUUGACAUGAAUGUCUGUCAAUUCUUGCCUCUGUAGCAGCCACUGCAACCAUGCAGUUUCCUUGGACGCUCACGUUAUGUUGUCUCGUUGCAGUGGUGUCUGGUCUUGUCGCCCGCCAGCCAAACGCAAACUCGACACUUCCAGGCUCGACGGCCCCGAUUCCAGGCUACAGUCUCUUCGUACCCUCGUGGGAGGUGGAGGUGCGGACAGGCGAGAGGGUUGUCCUCAAUGGCACCGUCCAUGAGGUCCACCACCAGCUCCUCAAGCUCAACCCCGACUGGGAGUCCUUUGCCGCUUCGCGAAGAAAGCGCAGCGUCCUCGAACGGCGUGGCCCUUCGCCAGACACGACAGAUCACAAAUGUGGUGGCCAUCCAAAGGGAAGCAAAUACUAUCCCAAAGUGCUCAAAGACACGGCAGAGAGCCUGUUUUGGACGGAUGGAGUCCCCAAGAGCGCCGCCGGGCCGCAAACUUGCGCUCGAAUCGGAUGCGAGCUCGAUACUGGCACAUGGUGGUGCAACCACGAUACCAAGGAGAAGUCGCUGGAAGCAUGGAGUAACGUCGCGAAUGUGGUGAAGAAGAUGUACCGUGAGAGGCUGUGUUGGCAAGAACGAGCAACAGAGGUCUCACAUCCGGACAAGUGGAGCGUUCUUGUGGCGGGAGAGGACGGCUUGAAGUGCUGAGCGUGUUGAGACAGUGAUGACAGCGAUGAUUGGGCGUUUUUGUACGACUUAUUUGUAUGGGUUCAGAAGAAUCUCUGGCAGGCACAGCGAUGACACUGAACGGCGUUCAUGAUAAUCUUCAAUAGUUUAAUGUUUCCCACCGCCCCAAUCUCUCGCGGGCCGACGCUGAGGUGGGAAGGCUAGCUGUGAAGUUGCACAUUGGCCCGGAUGCUAUCAGCCACGUGCAG